UGGAGGCAGAGGGUGGGAUGGGAAGACGCCCUCGUGGCCCCUGAUAACAAUCACACUGGGGGAGAGAGGGCCUGAGUACAGGUGAUGGGAAGUGUCCCUGGUGCCGGAGAGAAUCCUGCCUCCUGCCGAUAGGAUCUUUGCCAUGGGGCGAGACAGGGAGAUGACAGUGAGGCGUGUCCAGGUAGGGCUGUCCCUGAAGCCCUGAUAAGAUCCUAUCCCCCACGGGGUGGGGAGUGGGGAGGCCCGGCCAGGCAGGCAGCCAGCCGCUCCUGCUCAGUCAUUGGUUGCCAACAGCAGCAAGUAGCGUUUGUUCUGGAGCCAAAGCCUCCAGGCAGAAUCCAGGUGCCGGGAAGGAGUGCUCAGAGGGGCUACCCUAUGGGGCUGGGAGGCCCUGCCCCGCCACUCUGCUGGGCAUCAGGGAGUCUCCUGCCCUUUCUGGGGAGAGCUGGGGGAAGGGGGCCUUUGAGUCCAGCUCUCUCUGUACAGGAGCCCUUAGUGGCCUGGCUCAGGGUGGGUGCUGUCUCUGGUUUGGCAGCCAUGUUGAUGCCAGGCUGGGAGGAGGAAUGGGGGGCCCCCGCUCUCCCCUGCAGUACUCAGGGGGCUGCUGAGCACUCUCUGGGUGUUCAGAGCUGAGCUCACAGGCCUGAGACAUCAGACCUUGAAUUAGUGAGGCAUUCUUUGCAGCUGUGGGCUCGAGAGAGGCAGAGCUGGCGGUGGCCCAGGAGUGAUGGGGAAAGUGGCCCCAGGUAUGGCAAGGCAGGGACUGCCUCAGCCCCGUGCCUGGACUUCUGCGUUCCACCAUGAGGCCCCGGUGGGCCCUCACAGGCUCAGCCCGGGGCCACCUGUCCAGCUUAAUAAUACAGUCCCUCAGGGGAUGAGUUAGUUCUGGGCACCCCCACACCGGAUCCCGUUGCCUGUCCAAUUUGGGGGUCCACCUGUUGACCUUUCCCCCUACCUCCCUUACCCCCCUUUGCCAUAUCAUUUUGGGUCCCAGGCUGGGUCUUGCUCUUGCAAACUUCAUUAGGGUCUGAGUGUGGCCAGGAAUCCCUGUGACUUAGGGCCAAAGAGGGAGCUGCCGAGCCUUUGCCCCCCGGGCUUCCCGUGGAAGAUUGCUCUUUUGCUGGGUUAUUUCUGUGGGGCUGGCUCUAGGGCUUAGGGUGUGGGCCUGUGGACAGACAGGGCAGCGGUGCUCCUGAGAGCUUGGCAUCACAGUCACUUGGGAAGCUAGCUGGUUGGCGGGGCCAUGACAAGAGGCCUGAACUGGGCAGGUGGAAGGCUUGGUUAUGAUAGUGUCACAGCCCUUGAAAUAAAAAUAGCCUUUGUUUUGGGGGCGGAAGCUCUGGGUCCAAAGUGGGCAAACAGGUACCCCCAUGAGGCAUUUCCUCAAAGUGGGACUUAUUUUCUGUCUCUCUCUUUUUUUACUGAUGGGGAAACUGAGGCAUGGAGCAGGCCGCUGGAUUCACAUUCCUGGCUGUGUCACACCCCAGGCUCCCUUGAAUGAACCCAGAAGCCUUGUGGCCAAUGGCCAGCCUUGGAGGGGAAUUUAACGGAGGUGGUCCUUGCUGUGGGGGCGAGGCAGCCCCAUGGGCAGGCAGUAGAGACAGAGCUGGGGAAAUUUACCAGUCUCUGGCUGCCAGAGCUCAGGUGUGGUGGGGCUGUUUGGGGGUCAGUGUUGGGAAGGGGACCCUAGACCAGACUUUAUAGGAGGAAAGCAAACCACUUGGAUAUCCCAUCUGGGAGGGUCUUGGAACCCAGGGGGGCCGGGAUAGAGGGACCGAAUGGGCAGGGAGGCAGCUGAGGGUGUGCGGAAGAGGCUAUCAGGGUGCAGGUAAGCUAGGGGAGCAUCACCCUCUCUGCCCAUCCCCUUGUUUGUGUGUGCCCCCGGGGUGGGGGGGGGUAGGCCCAUCUGUUCCUUGUUAGGUACUCAACAGACCGUCUUCCAGGAGAGUAAUUAAUGCCAAGUUGCUGGCGGAUCCAGCAGCAAGCCUGUCCCAGGGUUUUAUCCUGGCGGCCCAGAUGCCCUGCUGACCCCAGAAAUGCUGUUCCAUUCCCAGCCAGCAAUCCUGGAGACACGGGGGGCCGAGUUGCCGGCAAAGCCCCUGCUUCUGAGCCUGAAUGGUAGAGAGGGCUUGGGUGGUGGUAGGCAGCCAGAGAUGGCCACAGGACGUUCCACCUUCCCUUGCCGCCCCGGGCCUGCCUCCGCCACCCACUCUGAAACUUCUCUUUCGUUGCUGGCUGUGCCCCAGACUUGCUGUGCGACAUUAGCCAUGUUGCUUAUCCUUUCUGGGCAGCUUUCUUUUCCCCCUCCGUCUGUAGAAUGGGUGUCGGACUGCGCCAUUGCUGAGGACCCCCUCCCCUUGUCUUAGUCUUAGCUUUUAUCUGCCUGAUUCAGAGCGGCCCCUGCUGGCAUCCCCAUUUCCUGCUCCCUGUAGACUUCCCCUUGGUGCUCCUCACCGCUCUCUGGCUGUGUCCUCUAAUCCAGGGCCAGGUGACUGCUGGCUCUGUCUGUAAUUAACUCCUGCCCAUGCUUGGGACAUGGGGCACUCAGCGCCAGCACCCCCAGACCAGCGGGUUCCCCUAGGGCCAGGGAGAGGUGACUGUUUCCACAGUGGCCACCUCCAGUCGGCCCAGCACAUUCCUCAGGCUUAUCUGGGGGCCCGCCCCACUGGACUCUGCCCUCCCACCCAGGAGGCAGCACCCAGAGGAGCUACUGAAGAGUUCCAGGGGCCGGGAUGAGGGCCUGAGUGGGCUUGACUCUCAGCCUCCCUCCUGGGGCUGGAGAGAACCAGCAGGCGCCGGGCAGAGGAGCUGCUAGAACAAUGCUGAGGCGGGCGAGGUGAGGAGCGGCCCUCGCGGCCCCCCCGACGACGGAGUGUCUCGAACAGGUGAUAGGAGGAUCCGGAAACCGAGGCCACCUGGGCAUCCCUCCCCGCUCUCAGCCAGGCCCGGCACCCCAAAGGCAGUGGGGAAACCAUGGCGACCAAUUUCAACGACAUCGUCAAGCAAGGCUACGUGAAGAUGAAGAGCAGGAAGCUCGGGAUUUACCGGAGGUGCUGGCUGGUGUUCCGGAAAUCCUCCAGCAAAGGGCCCCAGCGGCUGGAGAAGUACCCAGAUGAGAAGUCAGUGUGCCUCCGAGGCUGCCCCAAGGUAACUGAGAUCAGCAACGUCAAAUGUGUCACGCGGCUCCCCAAGGAGACCAAGAGGCAGGCGGUGGCCAUCAUAUUCACUGACGACUCAGCACGUACCUUCACCUGCGACUCAGAGCUGGAGGCAGAGGAGUGGUACAAGACACUGUCUGUGGAGUGUCUGGGGUCACGACUCAAUGACAUCAGUCUGGGAGAGCCAGACCUCCUGGCCCCAGGAGUGCAGUGUGAGCAGACAGACCGCUUCAAUGUCUUCCUGUUGCCCUGCCCCAACCUGGAUGUGUAUGGCGAGUGCAAGCUGCAGAUCACCCACGAGAACAUCUACCUCUGGGACAUACACAACCCCCGCGCGAAGCUCGUCUCGUGGCCCCUCUGCUCGCUGCGUCGCUAUGGCCGGGAUGCCACACGCUUUACCUUCGAGGCUGGCCGGAUGUGUGAUGCCGGGGAAGGGCUCUACACCUUCCAGACACAGGAAGGGGAACAGAUCUACCAGCGGGUCCACAGUGCCACCUUGGCCAUCGCUGAGCAACACAAGCGCGUCCUGCUGGAGAUGGAGAAGAACGUGAGGCUGCUGAACAAGGGCACGGAACAUUACUCAUACCCUUGCACGCCCACCACUAUGCUGCCCCGCAGUGCCUACUGGCACCACAUCACAGGUUCCCAGAAUAUUGCCGAGGCGUCCAGCUGUGCCGGUGAGUCCCAGCAGCGCCCCACACUCACCUGCCACAAGGUUCUGUGGAGGACCGGGCCUUCUGGGCGGGGGUCCUUUGACCUGCGUCCAAGUCCUGAGCCUGCCUCCGUGUCCACAGGUGAGGGGUACGGGGCAGCCCAGGCCAGCUCAGAAACAGACCUCCUCAACCGAUUCAUCCUGCUAAAGCCAAAGCCCGGCCAGGGGGAUGGCAGCGAGGCCAAGACCCCAGCCCAGUGACGGCAGGGCCGGCGCGCGCCAAGGACCGCCGGGGCUGCCUCUUGCUGGGCCGACUGCAGCGUGUUGUGGACGCCCUCGAGGGGCUGCUGGCCAAGAGCCUGGAGAAGCAGAGCAAGCUAUCCCUUCCUUGCCCCCAGGGUGAGGCUGGACCAAGGCAAAGGGCUGGCCACACCGCCAGAGCAUGUGCGGGGCUGGAGCUACUGUGGGACUAUAUACUGUUAAUGAUUUUAAUAUAUAUGGCUUAUGACAUAUUCUGUACUCCUGAGAUUUCCCCCAUCCCUCCCCGAUACCACAUACAGUUUUUAAUCCCAUGACCGGGUCACAGUCAAGGCUGUUUUUGAACGUGAGGGCAGCUGUUCCCUGUCCUCCAUGGCACAGCCCUCCUGCUGCCAGGACUUGCUUGAGUGGCCAGGGCCAGAGGAGGGAGACAGAGCUCCAGGCUGGCGCUGGGACCGCUGGCUUUCCCCAAGCAGCCCAGGGGCUGAGACAGCAGGUGGCUUCUCAGUUCCUCUGGGCCUAGAGGGGCACAGGAAGGAGUUGAGCUUCCAUUGUGCCUCUUGGCAGCCUUGCACUUGGGAGUUUUAAGCAGAGGUGACAUCUGGUUGACACCUCAGGUGAAAAUCUGGUUUUAAAAUGUAAUUUUUGCCCAGGCUCCUUCCUGCUUAGUAGGCUGAGAAGAUCCCCCAGGGGUGGGGGUGCAGGUCACCUCAGCGAGGAGGAGGAGGGCCGGUCUGAGCUCUUCCCCACCCCGGGGCCAGGCUGCAGGGAGCACCCCUCCCGCACCCUCACUGACCUGGGGGUAGGUGAUGUCCCAGCAGAGGGAGCCCCUCUGCCCUGUUUGGCCACCCUAUGGCCGGCCAAAAGCACUCGGAAACCGAGCCCUUCCCAUCUCCUCUUCCCCACAUGGUGCUGAGGCUCCCUGCUGAAAUGCAAUUAAAGCAAUUGAUUUUCUA